AUGAACAAGACCUCGAGGACUGAUGAGCCGUACGAGGGCGAAGGACUCCAUCAGAACCCCAACGCCCUCUCAAACGAUCUCGUCACCAACCAGGACCUCAACGGGAUCGCAAAUUCCAGAGAACGCAGAGGGCACGAUGCAAGAAGCAUGCACAACUCGGGCCAGCCAAUUGCAGAGGACAAUCCGCCCGGCGUCGAUGUCGACAGAGACCGCGGCGCCGCCACCACCGCAAAUCUGACCAACCGGUGUCGUUCUAUUGGUCAGUCGCCAGCGACGACUUCAACGCUGGUGAACAAGGACGGCUCGACACCCGGCAGCAGGGCUUUCGCCAACCCUGCGCCGCCGCCGCCGUCCCAUGGCCCACGGACUCCCGUGCACAAGGUCGCGCAUACGCUCGUCACCUUUGGCAAGUUCGUCGGGCCGGGCUUCCUCGUCGCCGUGGCCUACAUCGACCCGGGCAACUACUCCACAGAUAUCAGCGCCGGCGCCGAGAACCGGUUCCGCCUGCUCUUCAUCAUCCUCAUGAGUAACAUCUUUGCCGUCUUCCUGCAGUGCCUGUCGGUCAAGCUGGGCACCGUCACAGGCUUGAACCUCGCUCAGGCAUGCCGCGCCUUUUUGCCCAGGUGGCUCAAUUACUUCUUGUAUUUCAUGGCCGAGGUCGCCAUCAUCGCGACCGACAUCGCUGAGGUCAUUGGCACGGCCAUCGGGCUCAACCUACUCAUCCCUCAAUUACCCCUAGUCGCCGGGUGCGCCCUCUCCAUCCUCGAUGUGAUGGUUAUUCUCAUCUUCUACCGGCCUAAUGGGUCGAUGAAGGGCCUCCGGUUUUUCGAGUUCUUCGUCAUGCUUCUCGUCCUGGCCGUGGUCAUCUGCUUCUGCAUCCAGCUCUCGCUCAUCAAGGGCACGAGUCCCGGUGAAGUCUUUCGCGGCUAUAUCCCUAACGACUCCGUCACGACGUCCGCGGGUAUCUUCCAGGCCUGCGGCAUUCUCGGUGCUACUGUGAUGCCACAUUCGCUAUAUCUUGGCUCCGGUAUUGUGCAGAGCCGACUGCUGGAUUACGAUACCAAAUGCGGACUACUGCCGGCGGAAUCUGAAGACAGUAUCAACGACGAAAAGACGGGCGUAAAGACCUACUAUAUUCCAAGUCUUACGGCCAUUCAACAUUCGCUGAAGUACUCUUACACCGAGGUGACCCUCUCACUCAUUACAUUUGCUCUUUUCGUGAACAGCGCCAUCUUAAUCGUGGCUGGCGCGAGUCUUUACAACAGCCCCGACGCCCUCGAAGCUGAUAUCUUCGGCAUUCACGACCUCCUUUCGGCUAGUAUCAGCCCUGCGGCUGGCACCAUCUUCGCGCUCGCCCUGCUCUUUUCCGGUAUUUCCGCAGGCAUCGUGUGCACGAUCGCCGGGCAGCAGAUAUGCGAAGGAGCACUGAAGUGGAAGAUGAAGCCAUGGCUUCGUCGCCUCAUCACCCGGUCUAUUUCCAUCACGCCCAGCAUCAUCAUUGCUGGCGCCGCCGGGAGGGAGAAGCUCAAUGCCGCGCUUAACGGUAGCCAGGUUGUUCUCAGCGUUGUCUUACCCUUUGUCUCGGCGCCCCUCAUAUGGUUCACGUGCUUCAAUAAGUUCAUGGCCACGCAGCCUGGCCCCGCCCGGUACAAGACCGAGGGCAUUGAUGCCUUCGGCUCUAAUGAUAUCCAUCCGGGUGUUCAAGGCAGUGACCCAGAACACGCUCCCGGUAAUAGGGACGUGGACCAGGAUGCCUUCGUGAAGAUGGCGAAUUCCUGGUGGGUCGCGGUGCUGGCUGCGGCCAUUUGGCUUGUUAUCGUGGUUUUGAAUAUCGCGAACUUGGUGCUUCUGGGUCUUGGAAAUGGUUGA